CUCCUAAAAAACGGAGGGUUUCGAGAUGACUCAGGUGAACUCGAAGUUUGAUGAGCCGAUAAACACCUUCAGUUGUAAUUGUAACACUAUAACAUAAGACUUAGGAGUGUUUGGAACACUACUGCAAACAAAAUGGAGUUAACAAAUCCUCGCAACAAUGCCCCAUCUUCCCUGAAACGGCGGCGACCAAACUCCUCCGACGACGAAGACAUAAACAACAGAACCAUCGAUCUGUCUCUACUGGAAGCAAUAGAAAAAUCGCAUUCAACUGUGGAAACUCUCGACCUCAAAACCCUAAAAAAACUCGUCCUCUCCUUCGAACGUCGUCUUCGCGACAACAUCGAAGCACGUCUAAAAUACUCCGACCAACCCGAAAAGUUCGCCGAUUCCGAGGUUGAACUCCACGAAGAGCUCGAAAAACUGAAAGUUCUCGCUGCCGGACCAGAACUAUACCCUGAGUUAGUUAACCUGAAUACAAUCCCUUCAAUUCUGAGUCUAUUGAACCAUGAAAACUCCGACAUUGCAAUCGAUGUCGUUUCGCUCCUCCAGGAUUUAACUGAGGAGGAUGUAUUAGAGGAUAAUGAUGAACCAGCUAGAAUAUUGGUUGAUAAUUUGGUUGAGAAUAAUGUCUUGGAAUUGUUAGUGCAGAAUUUGUUGAGAUUGAAUGAGAGUGAUCCUGAUGAUGCAGCUGCUGCUCAAACUACACUCGCUACGCUCGAGAAUUUGAUCGAGGUUAAGCCGGCUGUGGCAGAGAUUGUGUGUGAGAAAACUAAGUUGUUGAGGUGGUUGUUGGGGAAGAUUAAGGUCAAGGAAUUUGAUGGGAGUAAGGAGUACGCGUCCGAGAUUUUGGCCAUUUUGCUUCAGAAUAGCACGGCUAAUCAGAAGAGGUUGGGUCAGAUGAAUGGGGUGGAUGUUAUGUUGCAGGCAGUUGCCAUGUAUAAGUCCAAAGAUCCUAAGACUUCUGAGGAGGAGGAGAUGCUUGAGAAUUUGUUUGAUUGUUUAUGUUGUUUGUUAAUGCCCUUGGAGAAUAAGGAGAGGUUUGUUAAGGCUGAAGGGGUUGAAUUGAUGAUUAUUAUUAUGAAGCAGAAGAAAUUGGCCUAUGCCUCUGCUAUUAGGGCGCUCGAUUUCGCAAUGACCAAAUAUCCUCCGGCUUGUGAGCGCUUUGUUGAUGUUUUGGGCUUGAAAACUGCUUUUGCUGCUUUCAUGGGUAAGAUUCCAAUUAGCAAGAAGCAAAAGAAAGAACGAUACAGGGAGGAGUUGGAGGAGCGGACAAUAUCGCUGAUUUCAUCAUUAUUUGCUGGAAUCUUACGAGGAUCUAGAAGAGAAAGAUUGUUAAGCAAAUUUGUGGAAAAUGAAUGUGAGAAAAUAGACAGGCUUGUCGAACUUUAUGUGAGGUACUCUGAUAGAGUAAAAGCGGAGACUGAACGUUUGGACCAACUGGAACUUGACGAUUUUGAGUUGAAUGAGGAGGAGAGGUACAAUAGGAAGCUGGAUUCUGGUCUCUAUACACUCCAGUUGAUUGCUGUUAUUCUGGGUCAUCUUUGGACCUUUGAGAACUCACAGAUGAGGGCUAGAAUUGAACUUUUGCUUAAGCAGCAUAAGCUCACAAAGAAUAACGUGAAGGAUAUUCUUCAGGAGUAUCAUGACAACAUUGGAGACCUUGAUGGACCAGAGGAGAAAGAACGGGUGCAGUCAAAAAUUCAGAAGUUUAUAUCUGCCUUUUGAUAUUCUUUUUCAAUAGUAGCAACAGCACUGAAGUGAAAAUGAGUUUGCUGAAGGGUCAUCCAAUGCAUUAUCAAACCCAAAGAGAGGGAGUUGUGUCAUAUGUGUAGCUUCAUAUUGAAUAUUGACUUUGGCCGCCUGGGGUUGUCAUCUGCUCCAUUCACUGCCCAUUGUUUUCGUGUAAAAGUUUUGAUGGUAGUCAAUGUGGUCAAUGUGAGCAAUCUUUUCCUGGGAAACAAAGUUCUGCAACCUAGUGACUAGAGAGCUUACUGCCUUGCUCAGACCUUCGGUUUUCUUUAUCCGACGAACAAAAAAUGGGGAGACAAGUUGGGCUUGUAGCCUUGUAGUGUCUUGUCCUAAUUUUUUGUGACUCCAUCAUACCUUGUGUACCCUGUGGUUGAUCUGAUCAUUAGAGAGAAACAAAUGGAGAUUGGAGUCCAAUUUAAUAGUGUAUAACUAUUUAAUUGUCUAUUUGUAGUGGGUAGUAUUUAGUGGAUAGGUGUAUUAGUCUCCUCUAUGUUAUUUUGCAAUCCGUGUAGUACACUUCAUACAUGAAGUGUAGGUAUGAGAAUGACCGUGUAUAUCAGAUAUGAAUACCUUUUCAUUUACUUCUUUUUCGGUUUUUUCACUAGUUACCCUUGAGGUUUCACGAAGUA